GAUAUAAAAAUAUCAAUUUCACAAAUGAAAACAAAAUGAUUUGUGUAUCGUAAACGGAGUAGCAAGAAUACUACCUUCAGUAUCUUUAAUGUUAAAAGAAGUAGAGGAAAGUGGGUGCCAUUUUUCAAUCUUUCAUUAUUUUCAAUGAUAAAUAGCCUCAUUUGUUAGGCUUGUUGGGCUGCAAAACGGUGAAUCAAUAAGGAGAGCGUCCAACAUAGCUCUGGUCCUCACAAGUUCCUACCUCAUGCUUCCACGGGUCAAGCGAUGACAAAGACCGUCAGAGUUGUGUGCUUAGCUGGUAGUGCAGCCUGGGGCACUGCUGUCCUUUUUACUUCUGCUAGAUUGAGGAGGUACGACCCGAGCGUAUGUUCACCAAGGAGGUGCGGCUCAAACAGCGUCUGUUUCUGGCAUCUAGCGGCUGAGUAAGAAACACUGCACAACGCCCAGCUACAUCCAAGGUGGUAGCCCCAUCAGCGUGGUCGUCCCAGUGUUCGUUGGGACGUUAAACAGAACUGGCACGAUGGCCCUCCGGCGAGACAGGCACAUGAGUGUUGAAGGCCCAAUAAGCCACCCGUAAAAAUCCCCAUUGCGAAUAACAUAGGAGAAAAUACGACUCGAUACCAUUGGCAAAGACCCACGCGACGAAAUAAGGACUACGAUUGUAAACUUGGAACAUGGAAUUGCAAGUCACUAGGUUUCCCAGGACAGGACAGGACAGGAUAAUCUACGACGAACUACAUCCCCGCAACUUCGACAUCGUGGCGUUACAGGAACUUUGUUGGACUGGACAGAAAGUGUGGAAAAGCGGGCAUCGAGCGGCUACCUUCUACCAAAGCUGUGGCACCACCAAUGAACUGGGAACAGGAUUUAUAGUGUUGGGCAAGAUGAGACAACGUGUGAUCGGGUGGCAGCCGAUCAACGCAAGGAUGUGCAUGUUGAGAGUUAAGGGCCGUUUCUUCAACUACAGCAUCGUCAACGUCCACUGCCCACACGAAGGGAGACCCGAUGACGAGAAAGAAGCGUUCUACGCGCAGUUAGAGCAAACAUACGAUGGUUGCUCGCCGCGUGACGUGAAAAUCGAAAUGUACAGACCGGUAAUCGGGCGAAACAGCCUACACGCCGUAUCGAAUGAUAACGGCCAGCGAUGCGUAAACUUUGCAGCCUCCCGUGGUAUGGUAGUCCGAAGCACCCUCUUCCCCCGCAAAGAUAUCCACAAAGCCACCUGGAGAUCACCCGACCACCAAACAGAAAACCAAAUCGACCACGUUCUAAUCGACGGUUGAUUCUUCUUGGAUAUAACCAACGUCCGCACAUACCGCAGUGCGAAUAUAGAUUCGGAUACUACUUAGUCGCUGUAUGCAUGCGCUCAAAACUUUCGACAGUUAUCACUACGCGUCGAUGUCGAACGCCGCGGCUCAACAUCGAGCAACUUCGUAACGUAGAAGUGGCUCAAGACUACGCGCAGCAGUUAGCAGUGGCCCUACCAACGGAAGAGCAGCUUGGCGCAGCUACACUUGAAGAUGGCUGGAGGGACAUCCGAUCCGCCAUAGGUAGUACCUCGGCUACAGCACUAGGCUUCGCGACUCCGAAUCACAGAAACGACUGGUACGACGGCGAAUGUGAACAGUUGAAAAACGAGAAGAAUGCAGCAUGGACGAGAAUGCUGCAACACCGUAAGAGAGCGAAUGAGGCACGUUACAAACAGGCGCGGAACAGGCAGAACUCAGUCUUCCGGAUGAAGAAGCGCCAGCAGGAAGAACGAGAUCGCGAAGCGAUGGAAGAGCUGUACCGCUCGCGCAGAGGCUUCGUGCCACAAGCCGACAUGUGCCGAGAUAAUUACGGGAAUAUUCUCACGAGCGAGCGUGAGGUGGUCGACAGGUGGCGGCAGCAUUACGAUGAGCACCUCAAUGGCGACGUUGCAAGUACCGAAGGUGGCGUGGUAACAGAUUUAGGAGUAUAUGCACAGGACGAAAGACUUCCGGCCCCUGACCUCCAAGAGAUUGAGGAGGACGUUGGCCGGUUGAAAAACAACAAAACCGCUGGCGCAGAUCAACUACCAAGCGAGCUUCUAAAAUACGGUGGAGAAGCACUGGUGAGAGCACUACACUGGGUCAUUACCAAGAUUUGGGAGGAGGAAGUAUUACCGGAGGAAUGGAUGGAAGGUAUCGUGUGUCCCAUCAUCAAAAAGGGCGACAAUUUGGAUUGCGGGAACUACCGCGUGAUCACACUACUGAGCGCUGCCUAUAAGAUACUCUCUCAAAUUUAAUGCCGACGUCUAUCAGCGAUUGCAAGAGAGUUCGUGGGGCAAUAUCAGGCUGGAUUCAUGGGUGAACGCGCUACAACGGACCAGAUGUUCGCCACCCGCCGCCAGGUGUUGCAGAAAUGCCGCGAAUACAACGUGCCCACACAUCACUUGUUCAUCGAUUUCAAAUCGGCGUAUGAUACAAUCGAUCGAGAACAGCUAUGGCAGAUUAUGCACGAAUACGGAUUCCCGGAUAAACUGAUACGAUUGAUCAAGGCGACGAUGGGUCGAGUGAUGUGCGCAGUUCGAGU